GACUCAUUCACCUUGGCGAUUCAACUCAGACACGAAUGUUUACUGCCCGUAGCUUCUUACUUCUAUUAUUACCUAUACAAAAGGUGUUACUUUAGACCGGCUGAAAAGUCCAGUAUACACUUGUCCCGGACACCAGGCCGAAGUGGACUUCCUGACAUUGUGUUUCGUCGUCCUUCCGCCAACUUCUACUUAACUAAUACACCACCACCUGAGCUUGACGCAACGCCCGCCCCCCGCCGAGACUUGAACCCCGCCAACAACAUAUUGAACACGAUACCCCGGAUCAGAUAUCAAUCUUAACCGAACAGCAACUUCACUGCGACUGAAUACCCUUUUUGUUGAAAAGAAUAAGACACUGCGUUUCCGUCCACGGCAUUUCUCAGUUGCUACGAUGUCGCACGUGGUGGUCAUCGGUACGGAUUUGCGGAGAGCUACCGUCAAGGUCAGCCCAGGCACCUACAUGACAGAUGUUCUCCAAGAGGCAUGCAAGAAGCUCAACGUCUCGAGCGAUAAAUACCUCUUGAAGCACAAGCAGAAGACAGUCGACCUCUCAGUAGUCUGGCGAGUGAGCGGUCUCACCCCCGGCGCCAAACUCGAACUCGUCCAGAAGUCCAAAACACCAUCAGCCGUUUCCGUCGCACUCCAGUUGCCGAUGCCCGAAGCCAAUUCGGCGCCCAACGGUCGUUUAAUUGAGAAACUACCGAGCGACUUUACGAUAUGGAAGGUACUGCGCCAGUUUGAGAGCGGCGUCGCUGGGAACGGGAAGAACUUCAAUAUCACAGCACGAGGCGUUGCGCAAACAACAAGCGGAGGCGCGAGUGGAAGCGGUCAGAUGUACUACGAGACGCCAGUCCUGAACAUCAUGGGUCGGGAGCUUUCCACAUUUGAGGACUUCCAGAAGACACUGUCGCAACUUGGGUACAAUUCGGGCAGCGUUCUGAUCCGCUUGUCGUUCAAAAAGACGGAACGCACGCUGUUCCAGGCUAUGGAGGAAAUCAGUCAAUUCUUUUCUGAGGUUGAGGCAGAGGAGAAGAAAGCGGCCCCGGCUCCAGUUCCAACGCCCGCCACGGAGGGAACAGAAUCUGCAGCAGCUGAAACUGUCAUCGAGACGCCAAAGGGCACAACGACUCGACAGACAGGCGAUAUUCCAACGCAAGAACAAGCAGAUCAGGAGGCGCCGGCAGCAGAUGCCAUGGAGGCUGAUCAAGCAGAGCCGACAGACCCUUUGCAGCCUGUCAGUGUCUUCCGGGCUCCAAGCGGAACCACUCCCGCAGCAGCCCUUGCAGACGUGCCAGAGGAUGACUACGCCCCGACGAUUGCCCACGCCCAGCUUCAUCAGGCUCGACUCCAGCAGAGCGCGCUCAACAGGAGACUUCCGUCCGACAAGGAGCUGGAGGCGCAAAGACAGGCUGAGGAAGCCCGCCUAGCGGCUGUCACCACAGUUCCGAUGAAGGUGCGGUUUCCCGACAACACUUCAGCGCAAUGGACAUUUGGCCAUGAAGCUACAGGGGCGACCCUCUACCAGGGCGUGAGAUCUGUCAUGGCACACUACACCCAACCCUUUAAGUUGGUCAUACCCGGCAGCAAGGUCAUAAUUAAGGAUGACGAGAGCGCAAAGAACCGCUUGAUCCACGACUACAAGCUCACACGUAGUGUGUUACUGAGUCUGGUCUGGGAUGACAGCGUGCCAGUAGAUAUCCGCAAGAAGCCCUUCCUCAAGGGUAGCGUCGCUCAAAAGGCCCAGGAUGUCACAGUACCGGACAUUCCCAAAGGCGACGACACGAAUGAGGAGCAGACUAAUGCUUCUUCGUCGAAACCUGAGAAGAGGGAGGGAAGCGGGGAUGGCAGCGUUGCGAAGAAACUUCCCAAGUGGCUCAAGCUGCCUGGAAAGAAAUAGACGGAUGGUCCUUUGUACAAUGUUGCAGCAUUGCUCGGCCAUUUUCGCAUGGCGAGCGUAUUCAUGCAUUUGGAGUUUCAUGGGGCAUAGGGUAAACCAGAUAGACUAUGGUCAAGUCGUCAAUCAGAGCCUUCACGAGAGUAUAUGAUCACUCCAGAGCGAACGAUACAUUAAACAGUAUCAAAGUAAAGAGUAUGAGGCCGCAAUGGGUUGUGCUUGAAAUUUU